CCUCGUACACAGCGCAAUGACAGCUUUGCUUUGCGCUCACAUUAUAAAAUCACAACCACUGUUCCCUUCCUCCUACAUGACUUAUGUUUCUUCUCCAUCGUGUCAGUGCACUUUCCCCCAAUCCCCAUUCCUAAGCCCAAGAACUCACUGGAAGCCAGCGCGUUGCGUCGCCGAUCGAGCAUGGAGACCAUGGCCAUGGUGCCAGCAGCAAAGCGAAACGCCAUCUCUGGGGAGCUGGCAGCUUUUGAGGCCGUUGACCUCGGCGAUGCUGUGAAGGAGCUGGAGAGCGAGAUGGCAAGGAUGGAGCUGCUGCUUCGGGAUUCUCAGACCGGAGAGAUCAGCAACGAGCAACUUCCUUCGGCUCUCCAGGAGCUGAAACAGCUGCACUGCGAGGGCGAGGAUGUGCUGGAUGAGCUCAACCACUACCGCCUUCAGCAGCUGGUCGAAAGAGGUGAUCCCAGUGGCAGAGAUGAGUUAAUAAUGCACAAUAGUAUUGUUAGUAUAGCUGAUGUGCUCUGUGUGCCAAGUGAGAGAAGGCAGGGUAUGGCUUACACCAUAAAGGAAAUCGUUAGACAGUCAUGUGAGAUCACUGUUCCUGUGUAUCAGGCGCUCAAGUUGGAUAGACUGUGUUCCACUGCUAUGCUUGACCAAAGCCAGAGUGAAAUCUCAAGCGCGCGUCUAACAGGAUCGUAUGUUGAAGAAGUAAAAGUGUACGGAAGGGUUAAAGAGAGAGAACAGAUCAUAGAGCUAAUAACAAGUGAAAUCCCUGGUGGUGGUUUGGCAGUCCUGCCCAUAGUAGGCAAUGGAGGAGUGGGAAAGACAACUCUCGUACAGCUUAUAUACAAUGAUGCAAGGGUGGAAAACCAUUUCGGGUUGAAGCUUUGGAUUUGUGUGUCAAAUAAAUUUGAUCUUGUGAGGCUGACUAAUGAGAUGCUAGAUUAUGUCACUGAAGAAGAACACACAAGCGUAAAAGACUUCAACCAGCUUCAGAAAAUGCUCAGGACAAAUACACAAGGAAGGAGGUUCCUACUUGUUCUAGAUGAUGUCUGGGACACUGAAGAUAAGUGGGAGCUGCUGUUGGAGCCACUGAAGCAUAAUCAAGCAGCGCGCAGCUUUAUUAUAGUGACAACACGAAGUCAAUCCAUCUCACGUUUGGUAAGUACAGUGGGCUCAUUUAACUUGGACCCUUUGGAAGAGAAUGAUUUUUGGUUGCUAUUUAAAUCAAAUGCAUGUGGUAAUGAGAAAUACCAUAUGCCUCGAAAGCUAAAGGCCAUUGGCCGCCAGAUUGCUAACAAGUUGAAAGGCAACCCAUUAGCAGCAAAAACUGUUGGUGCACUACUGAGAAAGACACUUAGUACUGAGCACUGGAUGAAUAUUCUAGACAAUGAAGAUUGGAAAUCCUUAGAGCGUACUGAUGGUAUUAUGCCUGCACUUAGGCUCAGCUAUAGCCAUCUACCCUGCUAUCUACAACAGUGCUUCUAUUGGUGUGCAUUGUUCCCUAAGGAUCAUAGGUUCCAUGAAAUUGAACUUGUCGAGAUGUGGAUUUCACAAGGAUUUGUGUGUAACAAACAACCAAGCAAGAGGUUGGACGAGAUAGGUUCUCAAUAUAUUGCCGACUUAGUCAAUUUUGGUUUUCUCCAAUAUGAAAGAAACAGGAUGUGUGAUUCGAACCCUUACUUUGUCAUGCAUGACCUUAUGCAUGAUUUGGCUUGUUUAGUUUCAGCAAACGAAUGUGUUACAUUAGAUGGCUCAGGAUCCAAGCAAAUAUUACCAGGAAUACUUCAUUUGUCUAUCUUAUGUUCUCCACAUAGUUCUGACUACGAGUUACUGCUUGAAAGGAUUGAGAAACAACUGUACAAACAAAGGGCAGUGGGAAAGCUGAGGACCCUACUGUUGAUUGGAGUAUGUCAAUGUUGGUUUCUAAGGCUCUUUCAAACCAUUUUCAGAGAAGCAAAAAGACUUCGUUUGGUAUUUUUAACGGGAAGAUUUCUCUGCUAUGGUAAUAGAUCAUGUAGUGAUCUUGAUUAUUCAGUUUCUGAUAUUUUACAUCCUUGCCAUCUUCGAUUUUUGAAUCUAGAUAUUGCCCAAUUAAAUCGACCUCAGCGUCGAUCUCAGCCUCAAGAUAUGAGCAAAUUUUACAGUCUUCAGGUACUAGAUGGUUCCUACGAGGUCGUUUGCAAAAAUCUCUGUAAUAUUGUCAACUUGAGGCAUCUUGGUAGGAAUCAGUGGGCUCACGCAAGCAUUCCUUAUGUAGGCAAAAUGACUUGCCUUCAGGAAUUAGAAAAAUUCAAGGUUCAGAACACUGCUGGAUUUGAUAUUGGACAACUUGAACGGCUGAAUGAGCUUGUACUACUCCGAGUUUCCCACCUUGAGAAUAUUGAAUCUGAAACAGAGGCUUUGCGGGCAAGACUAGCAGAUAAAAUCCACCUCAACACAUUAAGCCUGUCUUGGCAUGAGAGUGGUGUAAUUUCUGGACUUUCUUCCCCGGCAUCAGCACAAUGUGUGCUUGAGGCUCUUGAACCACAUCCAAACCUCAAGCAUCUCCAGAUAACUGGCUACAUGGGUGUUAUGUCCCCAAGCUGGCUUGCUGCUAAUCUCUCAGUUACCUCUUUGCAAACAAUUCAUUUGGAGAACUGCAAGGAAUGGCUCACCCCCCCACCGCUUGGAAAGAUGCAACUUCUCAAGAAGUUGACUUUAAUCCGAAUGCAUGCUUUCAAAGAAAUUCUUAUUCCUUCUUUGGAUGAGUUGGUCUUGAUCGAGAUGUCAAAGUUGGAAUCAUUAUUUUGUCCAGAGGAGCAACAAUUACCCUCUUGUUUAAGAACACUUCAUCUAGAGAAAUGCAGAAAACUAACUACGUGUCUACCUCUGCAAAAAAUUUCUGAUGAGGAGAUGGAUCAUUGUUUUCGUAAUCUCCACAGACUAACCAUCCGUGACUGUCCUCAUGUAAUGGUUUCAUGUCAUGCUGCCACUCUUCAUAAUACUUGUUAUGCAGACAUCGAUGGAUCUUCAAAACCUCAAGAAAUAUACAAAAAUGCUAUUGGUCCUGCUCUUGUUUCAGACGAGUUGAGGAUGCAAGAUGAAAAGAUUCUACCAUUGGGGAUUCAGAAGUGGAUGACCGAUGACAAGAUUUUGACAUUUGGAAAUCAGAAGUGGAUGCUGGAUGACAAGAUAUUGCCAUUUGGACAUCAGAAGAGAAGAAGCGCACACAUGAGGGAGUGUCCAAAUCUGAUACCCCUUGCAUUGUCAGAAGUGACAAUAGAAGACUGCCCUGGUUUUCUUUCACCACAUGUUACAUCAGAUGCGAAUGCCAACCAUGAGGGGGAUUUGACCACAGUGUGUUUUUUCCUCCCGUAUCUAAAGUCUCUCAAAAUAGUGAGGUGCGGUAUCGUAGGAAGGUGGAUAUCUCAAAUGUUGUCACAUGCUCAGUCUAUCUUUAUGGUGCUUUUAACAGACUGUCCGAAUGUAAAGCUAUUACAGGUCGUUUGUCCCUUGGAAAAGGAAGAUGACAACAAUUUGACUCCAUUAUCAGAAUGCCCAGCUGCUGCUGUAACGACACCAGAUGAUUUUGUGCUUCAGAUUCCAACGCAGGUCUGUUCAUCUCUGGGAAACUUGAAAAUUUCCAAUUGCCGAGACCUGGUCCUUGGUGCAGGAAAGGGUGGCUUUGCAGCAUUCAAAUCCCUGAAAGUGCUAGAAAUUAGUGGGUGCCCCAGUCUAGUGGCGUCCAUGUUCCGGGAGAAUGGAAACCCCUUUCCACUGUCACUUGAGAGUCUCUAUAUGGACCAUCUUCCAGCGGAAGUCCGACUUGGAGAGAAUAUGAGGUCCCUCAAGGAUUUGGAAAUAUGGAACAGUCCACGGCUGAAGUCUUUGCAAUUGCAUUCGUCUUGCACAGCACUGCAGUACCUAGUAAUAAGAAAUUGUGAUCAGCUGGCUGUGCUGGGGGGAUUGGAAUUUCUCAAAUUGGACAUCCUAGAGAUUUCAGUUAGUCCCUCAUGGGAUCGCAAAUUGGAAGACAGCGGGCAAACCAGCUUUCUACUGCCCCCUUCGCUCGGCAACAUCAGUGUCUACGGUCUCACAGACAAGAUUCAACCCUGCCUGCCGUCCUUCCUUCCUUGCCUUAAGAGGAUGUGGGUCCAUGACAGUCCAAAUUUGACGUCUCUGCACCUAGGAUCAUGCACAUCAUUGGAAUGUCUGACGGUUGUAAACUGUGGAUCUCUAUCUUCACUAGAGGGUUUGCAUCACAUUAAAAAACUCAGGGAGUUGACAGUGUUGGAUUGCCCAGACUUAGUUCCACAUUUGGAGCUUAUGUUACAACAACCAUGGUGCCAAGACCUGUGUUCUCAACUGUAUGAUCUUACGAUUGAUGACUGUUCUAUCCUCACAGUACCUAUCUGCAAACGCCUCACCUCCCUCAAUAUGUUGACGGUAGGCUCUUGGUUUCAUUGUUUUGGGAAUAGGAACAACCAUAUUCAGAGAAUGGUGGGCCUAACGGUGGAACAGGACAGAGCACUUCAGUGCCUCGCCUCCCUCAAUAUGCUCCAACUUGAGAACUGCCCAAAUCUCUUACAUCUGCCUGCGGACAUUCAUAGCCUUCCCUGCCUUGGGAUUAUAUAUAUCAUCAACUGUCCAGCGAUCUCAAAGCUACCAGAAAAGGGCCUUCCACCAUCUCUAACACUUCUGUCGGCAGUUGGAUGCAGCCAAGGGUUAAAUGAGCAGUGCAUAAUGGCAGGGAAAGACAAGUUCAAGGUUUCUAUUGAUGGAGAAUAUGUGUAAUGAGUUACUGAUUGCUGCAAUUCGAGUCAGGGUGACUCUGCAGGUAAUGUUAGAAGAUGAGCCAUGUACAAGUCAUGUAACAAACUGAAAAGAGUGUAUCUCGGCCAGGCUGUAGGUUGUUGUAUCAUAUCUCGAGUUUGUUGUACCCUAGAUAAGCCUGGCCGAUCACAUCUCCUAUCAGUAUAAAUAUGUACGUAACUUGCAGCAUUGUUAUCGUUAUUUAAUCAACAUGAUGCAUCCGCUGGUACCCAAGAUAAGGGCUAGCAUUCCACCCAAAA